UGGUGGCUUCUAUGCAGGACGCUCCGUUAAUGCCGAAAGAGGCUGCCUGUGCCCAUGGGACGUGGACCCCUCAGGAGGCAGGGUCUGGGGCAGGGGGCUGCAGUGCAAUCCCUUGAUCGCUAGGACCCAGGAGCAGCUGGGAUGCGGAUCUGGGAGCGAUCGCUAGGGUCACUCAGUCCAGCAGCAGGAAGUGAAUCGCUCUCGCUGCAGUGACUUCGGGGCGCUGUGGGAGCCCACGCUCCUUGCAAGAUCCCCGAGCCCCGGCGGCUGCUGCUGGGGACCCCGAAGCCCUGGCUGCAGCCGGGAGAGGGGAAUCUCCAGCAGUAACAUUCCCGCUGCUCCCCAGGAGCCUCCCCCCGGUGCAGAGACCCCAGCCUGGCCAGGACCCCCCUUCCCAGGCCCCAGCCCCUGCUCCCGGGGAGGGCACCGCUUGGAGGGAAGGCUUCAGAAUAAGGACAACGUGUUGCUCCAGAUCAUCCCAUUUUCCUAGGGGACGGGGAAGGGAAAUGGCUAUGGUGGAGCCAGCUCAGAUGCCGGUGACCUUUGAGGAUGUGGCUGUGUAUUUCACGGAGGGGCAGGGGGCUCUGCUGGACCCCGGUCAGAGAGCCCUCUACAGGGACGUCAUGCAGGAGAAUUAUGAGACUGUGACCUUGCUGGGACUUCCCAUUCCCAAACCUGACCUGAUCGCCUGUCUGGAAGCAGGGGAAGAGCCGUGGGUCCCAGAUCUUCAGGCCUCCAAAGAAACGAAGCUCUCAAGAGGCACCCACGGAGCAGGUGAUGAGACAAUGAGUGAGAAUGAGGAGGGGAAUCCACAACAGGAAUGUCCCGAGCCAGUGGAACUGCAAGGGAGCACAGUUAGAAAAGCAGAUGGGAAUUUUUUCCAAUGCUUGGAACAGAGAAAACCCUGGAGUAAUUGGCACAGGUCAGAAAGGAAGCUGGGAAAUUGCCAAAGGAAGCAAGUGGAUGAAUCCAUUGAAAGUGGGAGAGGAGGCAAGGAUUCCAAGGAAAGCAAAGCCCAGCUGACAAAUCACAAAGGAAAGAAACCCUAUAAAUGCUUGGACUGUGGUAAAAGCUUCAGUGGGAGCUCAAAUCUUAUUAACCAUGGGAGACUGCACACGGGAGAGAGACCCUAUAAAUGCCUUGAGUGUGGGAAAAGCUUCAGUAAUGUCUCAGGCCUUAUUUGCCAUAGCAGAAUCCACACGGGAGAGAGACCAUAUAAAUGCCUUCAGUGUGGGAAGAGUUUCACUGUAUCCUCAGCCCUUAUCAUUCAUCAGAGAACCCACACGGGAGAGAAACCCUAUAAAUGUCUUGAGUGUGGAAAAAGUUUCCGUGCACGAUCAGCCCUUAUUGUACAUCAGAGAACCCACACAGGAGAGAAACCCUAUAAAUGCUUGGACUGUGGGAAAAGUUUCAGUCAGAGCUCACAUCUCAUUAGCCAUGCAAGAAUCCACAUGAGAGAGAGGCUAUAUAAAUGCCUUGAGUGUGGGAAAAGUUUUAUUGCACCGUCAGCCCUUAUUACACAUCAGAGAACCCACAUGGGAGAGAAACCCUAUAAAUGCCUUGAGUGUGGUGCAAGCUUCAGUCGGAGCUCAAAUCUUGUUACCCAUCAGAGACUGCACACAGGAGAGAGACCAUACAAAUGCCUUGAGUGUGGGAAAACUUUCAGUGCACCAUCAGCCCUUAUUGUCCAUCAGAGAAUCCACACAGGAGAGAAACCCUAUAAUUGCUUGGACUGUGGUAAAAGCUUCAGUCAGAGUUCACAUCUUAUUAGCCAUGGAAGAAUCCACAUGGGAGAGAGGCCAUAUAAAUGCCUCGAGUGUGGAAAAAGUUUUAUUGCAGCAUCAGCCCUUAUUGUACAUCAGAGAACCCACACAGGAGAGAGACCCUAUAAAUGCUUGGACUGUGGUAAAAGCUUCAGUUGGAGCUCAAAUCUUAUUGCCCAUGAGAGACUGCACACGGGAGAGAGACCCUAUAAAUGUUUGGACUGUGGGAAAAGCUUCAGUCAGCACGCAAGCCAUAUUAAGCAUGGGAGAAUCCACAAGGGAAAGAAACUGUGAAAAUGCCUCCACUGUGAGAAAAGUUUUAGUCAGAACUCACACCUAAGUAGACAUCAGACAAUUCAGACAACAGAGAAACCCCAUAAAUGAUUGGAUGAUGGGAAAAGCUUCAAUCCCAGGUCAUACCUUCCUAAAUGUCGGAGAAUUCACAUGGGACAAAAUCUACAAAUUCCUCAGCUAUGGAAAAAGUUCGAUUUGAAGAUCAAACCUCGCUUCACAUCUGACAAUCUAUGCAAGACAGAGAACCCAUAAAUACUUGGAUUGUGGGAAAAGCUUCAAUAACUGCAGGGAAAGAUUCAGUCUGAGCUCAUGCAUUAUUCCCAAUUGGAUAAUUCACAAAAGAAAGAGCUUGAAUGUGGGGGUAACUUCAUUUGGUGCUCACACAGCAUCCAGCAUCAGCAAAUCCACAUAGGGAGGAGGCUUCUCAGAUGUCCUUAGCAUGGAAAAUGCUUCCGUUUGAGCUAACACCGCAAUGGACACCAGAGACUCCUCCACACAGGAGAGAAAUUCUCUCAGUGCCAUAACUAGGGCUAGCCAAAGUAGAAAUUUCACUUAGUAAUUUCCAUGCACAGCAGUGGCAUUUGGCUCCCAGGUAUCCAUCUGCUCAUAUCUGGGGGCAGAUUCCAGCAGCAGCUGAUCCUGAGCUGAACAGGGACACUCUGGCUUUUUCUGGUCUAAGCAAAGCACAGGAAGAGGAGGAGAAGUCCCAGUCAGCCCCUCCUUCCUGCUGCAGCCCUGGCUGCUGAAGUUCUGGGCCUUCCUGCCUCCUGCUAACCUGCUGGGGGAAGGGAGAGAGAAACUCCUCCAGAAGCUCCCUCUGCCUGGAUGAAGUUCCACCCUUGCCUUGCCUUCCCAGGCAUGGUUUCUCUUCCAUGGAGACUAGGAGAGAGAUACUUGGGCCAGGCCCCACAUUCACUGUGGACACCUGUCCCCACCCUGCAUCUUCCAGCAAUAUUCCUGGGCUGGGCUCCCCCACUUACCUGGAGCUGGUCCCUGCAGGGUGAGUGUCACUGGGCUGGCAACACUUCCCCUCUCGAAAUCCCCUAAGGUGCUGGGAUCCCGGGGGAUCAAAUAUGAAGGGACCAGGAGGAAUGGGUUUUGCGGAGGAAUCUGAGGGAUUGAGUGGUUGGGUCUGGUGGAUGUGGGAAGCAGAGGAUGCUGGAGAAAUAAAAUGUUAGGGAUCAUGGGAUUAGAGCAGAGAGUAUGGGAAAGAGAAGUGCUGCCUCUUAUCAGUGAUGUCCUCAGCCCCUUUUCGCUGGGCAGGGAGCAGGUCCUCAGGGAAUCCAUUCUGAAGCACUUCAUGGAGAGGAAAGUGAUCAGGAACUGUCAGCAAGGAUUCACCAAGGGCAAGUCGUGCCUGACUAACCUAAUUGCCUUCUAUGAUAUGAUAACUGGCUCUGUGGAUGAGGGGAAAGCAGUGGACAUGUUAUUUCUUGACUUUAGCAAAGCUUUUGAUACAGUCUCCCACAGUAUUCUUGCCAACAAGUUAAAGAAGUAUGGGCUGGAUGAAUGGACUAUAAGGUGGAUAGAAAGCUGGCUAGAUUGUCAGGCUCAAUGGGUAGUGAUCAAUGUCCAUGUCUAGUUGGCAGCCAGUAUCAAGCGGAGAGCCCCAAGGGUCGGUCCUGGGGCCGGUUUUGUUCAAUAUCUUCAUUAAUGAUCUGGAGGAUGGUGUGGAUUGCACCCUCAGCAAGUUUGCAGAUGACACUAAACUGGGAGGAGAGGUAGAUACACUGGAGGGUAGAGAUAGGAUACAGAGGGACCUAGACAAAUUGGAGGAUUGGGCCAAAAGAAAUCUGAUGAGGUUCAACAAGGACAAGUGCAGAGUCCUGCACUUAGGACAGAAGAAUCCCAUGCACCGCCUCAGACUAGGGACUGAGUGGCUAGGCAGCAGUUCUGCAGAAAAGGACGUAGGGGUUACAGUGGACGAGAAGCUGGAUAUGAGUCAACAUUAUGCCCUCUUUGCCAAGAAGGCUAAUGGCAUUUUGGGUUGUAUAAGUAGGAGCAUUGCCAGCAGAUCGAGGGACGUGAUCAUUGUCCUCUAUUUGGCAUUGGUGAGGCCUCAUCUGGAGUACUUUGUCCAUUUGGGCCCCACACUACAAGAAGGAUGUGGAAAAAUUGGAAAGAGUCCAGCGGAGGGCAACAAAAAAGAUUAGCAAAAAGAAAAGGAGUACUUGUGGCACCUUA